AUGUCCCUCUAUCAUCUGAACAUCGGCUACGCAGCACUUUUGACAGCCGGUGGUCUAAUCGGAUUUCUAUCGAAAGGCUCCCUCCCAUCACUUGUCGCUGGCGCUGGAUCGGGCGUGCUCGUCGCCGCUUUCACACAUCUCAAUUGGCCGUAUAAGACGCUAGCAGUUACAGUUAUCUCGGCAGGUCUCGGCUAUGUGAUGGCGAACAAAUAUCAAGCGACGCAUAAGUUUAUGCCCGCCGGUUUGAUCGCAUUGAUGAGUGUUGUCGUUUUCCUCGCUCAGGUCAGACAUUGGUACAUCAUGAACAGCCCACAU